AUUUCAGAUUUAUGAAUGAUUUCCUCCUCGAGUAGGGGUCUGAUGCAAAUGAGCAUAAAGGAAGUUGUCAGCUGCAUUCUGCUUCAGCCAAUAGCAGCAGAGCUCCAUUUUAGCUGUACCCGAGGCUGUAUUAAACAGCAGAUCAGCACUGUUCCAGCAUCCUUUCUAAAAAGAGAGCUGGUGCAGAGACGGAACUUGGAAGACUCUCUCAACAUGGCAACAUUCAACAAUAGCCGUUGGAAUGAAACUACAUCCCUCUACCAAUAUCUUGGUUUUCAAGUGCAGAAGAUUUAUCCUUUCCAUGACAAUUGGAACACUGCCUGCUUUGUCAUUUUGGUCAUAUUUAUAUUUACUGUAAUAUGUUUGGUGGUGCUAGCUUUCUUAUAUGAGCUGCUUGACUGCUGCUGCUGUGUGAAAAACAAAACUAUGAAAGACUUGGAGAAUGAACCAAACCCCGUUAGAUCUAUGAUGGACAGCUUCAGGAAACGUGAAACAGAAGUGGUGUAGCAAUGGACUAUUUUGCUAGCACCUGCAGCAAAACCUAUGUUCAAUAUUAUAAUAAAGCUGCUUGCAACUUUUGACCAAGCAAGUCAGAUUCUGCUUAGCCUUAAAUAUCAUUAGCACCAUUUUUUGUUCACUGGUGGAUAGAAACUUGAAGAGUUCACAAAAUGCUUAAUACUGGGAUGAUCAAUCACAGUGUUAUGUGAAAAUGGAUUUUAUGUAAAAAUGGUUUCUUUGUUGUUUUACAAUGAAAACCUGUUGACUAGAUUGGAGUAAAAUUUUGUUCAUCUGACCAA